AUGCUCAGUACUAUCUCAAGAACGGGCCUGGAUGGUCUUUCUAGAGUGAUCCGCUCCUCGCAUUCUACGGUCUUGGCGAUUCGGCAUGCAUCAUUGAAUUCAGCAAUUGGCGAAGGUAUUCGCAGAUCUCAGACCGCGGACAGAGAUAAUCGGCGCGGCAACGACACUCGUUUUCCUAAACGCGAACGAGAAUACGAGGGGAAAUACGGGGCGCGACAGUAUGAGAGAUCAGGCGAAUCUAAUUUCGCUGACCGUCAAACCAACGGAUCCCGACAGUAUGGGCAGCAAAAAUACGAGAGAUCAGACCAAACCAACUUCAAUGACCGUCGAACAGAUGGAGCACGACAGUAUGGAGAACAGAAGCCCGAGAGAUCGGGAUUUAACUCCGGUGUUCGUCGAAGCUAUGGCCAGGGUGAGCGAGAAUACGGAGCAAAAAAGCCCUGGACAUCGGACGGUGUAGGUCGUAAAGACUAUGACCGCCGACAAUCGCCAUGGAAUGAGAAGUCUCAAUCACCACGAGAAAGCCGAAAAGAAGAAAAGUUUGAGUUCGACGAGGAUGAGUUCAUUCGUUCUGGUGAUUUCCGAGGACUACCCCGUGAACAUCAAUCUCGAUUCCAAUCACGAUUCCAAUCGCGAACACAAGACAGUCCAUUCGCACAAUCGGGACGAGAAAGACCUUGGAUGGAUGAACCACGGGAGAAAGAGCCAGUAAGACCUAGGGCUCACCGAGUCACGCGCAGCAUGCCAGAGCGGGUGAAAGAGAACGUCAAAGUGCCCGAUACAAUCCCCUACACCACACCAGCAUCUGAGUUCAUUUACGGCACCAGUGCGGUAGAGGCGGCGCUGCGCUGCAGUCGGCGUCAACUAUACAAGCUCUAUAUCUAUCAGAGCACGGAGGAAGAGCUAAGUGCAGCAAAGGUCACAAUCCGCAAACUAGCAUUGUCAAAGAACAUUGCAGUAAAAAUGGCAUUUGCAGGGUGGGAUCGACUCAUGGACAAGAUGAGUGCUGGACGCCCUCACAAUGGGUGCAUUUUGGAGGCAUCUCCUCUACCAAAAUUACCAGUGCGUGGCCUCCUGGCUGUUCCAUCUAUCUCCGAGGAAUAUUUCCGGACGGAGCUUGCACCACAAACCCGGGAGGAAGCUGCAGUAAAUGGCACGGAUGAUCGUAUCCAGAUCCAUCAUCCUUCUCCGUCCCCGCAUGAGGCCGAACAACGCCAUAGAUACCCAAUUGUCUUGCUAUUGGAUGGAGUGGUUGAUACCGGUAAUAUGGGCGCUAUCAUCCGCUCAUCAUAUUUCCUCGGUGUCGAUGCAAUCGUUCUGGCUGGUCGCAACUCCGCACCAAUGUCUCCUAUCACAAUCAAAUGUUCUGCGGGUGCAGCAGAAAACAUGCCUAUUCUUCAUGUGACAAAUGAAGUUGAUUUUAUUCAGCGAUCCCAGCAAAACGGGUGGCGAUUCUAUGCUGCAGAUGCACCACUUCCUGGCUCUGUGCACAUGGAUCAUAUCUCGGCCGAUGGUGAUCAAAGCGGGGCCAAACUGCCCUCCACUACUGGGCCUAGUGUCAUAAUGAUGGGCAGUGAGGCUACUGGAUUGAGCUCGCAUAUCAAGUCACAUGCAGAUGCGAUCAUCAGUAUUCCCGGCGCCCGGCAAAGUUCUAUUCUCGGCGUUGAAUCGGAUCCUGCCCGCAUCGACAGUCUGAAUGUGAGUGUCGCCGCCGCGCUAUUGAUGGAGAAGUUCUUGCGAACCCCCAUGACUGUCGGUGAGAUCGCCAAGAAGGAAAAGAAGGAGAAAACGUGGUGA